AUGCGUGUAUUUCUGCUAAUUUGGCUAGUUGCUGCUGUAAGCGCAUUGAAAUUGGGUUACAAUUACAAUCGGGCUGCUGUUGAGGAUAGGCGCUUUGCUGGCCUUAUCGAUGAGGAGGCAACAGGAUUUAGUGCAACGCAUGCACAACAGCAACAGAAGCAGCAACCGCAACAACAACAGCAACAGUUGGCGGCGGCGGAUGAAUUCAACAAGGAGUUUUACACGUACUCAGCACCCGAGGAGGACUUUGCAGACCGCGAGGCCACCGAACACAUAGCCAACAUGCUGAAGCGUAAUCUUCGUGUGCUCUUCAUCAAGUCACCCGAGCAACAGGGCCUCACCAAUGCCGCCCUGCAGCUGGCCAAACAAUCCAGCGAACAACGCACCGCCAUCUAUGUUCUGACCAAGCAGGCGGAUGUUGGCCAGCUGGCCGAGCGACUGCAAUCCGAGAAGCAGACACUUGGCCAUAAGCCAGAGGUGCACUUUGUCAAAUAUCGCACGCCAGAGGAUGCUGUCCGUGCCCAGCAACUCAUCCAGCAGCAAUUCGAUGCGCUGGGCGGCAGCUCGCGUAGCUCCGAUGAGGGCGUGGCACCAGUCCUAGACUUUAGCUCGGCACUAGAAAGGCGCGAGCAGGAGGAAGACGCUCCGGCCCAGGCGGUAUCCGGUUCCAAAUAUUUGCCUGCGGCGUAG